GUAAAAAGCAGCGACUUGGGGGGGGGGGGGGGGUUUGGACUCAAUCAGUUAGCGUGUGAGAACGCCAAUUUUUAUUUAUUUAUUUUUUAUUUAUUCCGUGCCGCCCAAGGUGGACGUUGUAGUUCGGUUGUCGGUCACUGUGUUAGCUUGGCACGUUGACAAACCCUUUUCUGGGGCGUCAGCCAAUUUCCUCGCUAUCUAGUGUUUGCAUUUGCAUUAGCAGCGGACGACAAAGAUGAUAGCGCUCAUUAACAAACUACUGGACUGGUUCAAGGCGCUCUUCUGGAAAGAGGAGAUGGAGCUGACCCUCGUGGGCUUGCAGUAUUCUGGGAAGACCACAUUUGUCAACGUGAUAGCGUCAGGUCAGUUCAGUGAAGACAUGAUUCCCACUGUGGGCUUCAACAUGCGGAAGAUCACCAAGGGCAACGUCACCAUCAAGCUGUGGGACAUAGGCGGGCAGCCUCGAUUCCGGAGCAUGUGGGAGCGUUACUGCAGAGGAGUGAGCGCCAUAGUAUACAUGGUGGAUGCAGCCGACGCAGAGAAGAUCGAAGCCUCCAAGAAUGAACUCCACAACCUGCUGGAAAAACCUCAACUGCAGGGAAUUCCUGUUCUGGUUCUGGGCAACAAGCGGGACCUGCCAGGAGCGCUGGACGAGAAGGAGCUCAUAGAGAGGAUGAACUUGUCAGCCAUCCAGGACAGAGAAAUCUGCUGCUACUCCAUCUCUUGCAAGGAGAAGGACAACAUUGAUAUAACCCUCCAGUGGCUGAUCCAGCAUUCCAGGACAAAGAGGAGUUCCUGAGAGUAGACAACCUCAAACAUGGCCGCCAAACCUCCUAGACCAGGGCCCUCCCAUGUCAUCCCUUCAUUUUCAUGUUGCAUAAAGUUCACUAUCCCUGACACCUCUGCAUCCAACGUGAAAAGCUCCAAUAUUGUGGCAAAAACACAGGAAGCAGGAAACCUCCAAUAAAUCCCAGUCCCUCCUGGUCUUCCAGUCUCAAUUAACCCACUCAAGUUUUUCUUAACAAAACAAAGAAGGAAGCGUUUUAAACUUUGUCAGGUGAUAUGUCAGCCAUUUUGACUCACUCCUUGUAGAAAGAGAAACUCCACGAGAAAGAUGAACCUCUGUUUCGUCUUCUCAUGUCACCUUUCUCAUCAUCUCUUCAGUUUUCUUCCCUUCAAAACGUUUUAAUUGCAUUCUUGAUUUUGUCUUUGUAUGAUAAUAAUAACAAUGUUGAUAAUCUUUUCAUGUAGACCUUAGUUUUGUAUUUUUAUUGUUUUUGACUUAGUGGAUGCCAGAGUUGUGAUGAUCAUGCUAUUUAUUGCAUUACUUUAUCAAUAAGUUGAAUCUGACUUUUUUGGGAGAUCUCAGCCAUUUUAAACGUGAUCCACUUGUUUUUCCUCCAGUGCAACGGGAAAUGUAAAAGUUGGUUUCACAUUGACUUAAUGAAUUCAGAAGAAAUGUGGGAUUUUGUGCAACAAAAUACAUCAAUGAGGAAAUGAAGUGUGUCUGCGGUAACAAGCUUUUAAACAUAUGAGAACAAAAUGAACAUGGACAAUGCCUCUGUCACUCUUCUCUGUGGGCUUUUUUGUAAAAAUGUCUUUGAGAUCAUACAACUGAAAUGCAAAAUUAAAGUAUGACAUGAAAGCUUG